GGGGGGAAAAAGACACACACACAGCUCUGGAAGACAGUCGGACAGUGAGGACAGAGGCGUGAGGCUGGAGUUGGAUGCUCUAGAAGAAAGAAAAAAUCGAUCUUGGAUGUUGUUGCUGUGGGAACUUUGGGAUUGGUUCUUUCUCAGUUUCACCUGCAGCGUUUUUUAAUCGGCUUUUCAAGGAUUUAAAGAUGUUGAAAUGAGCUAAUCACAUUUCCUCUCUUCAUUGUUUGUUGCACUUUAUUGGUCUGGCACCAAUGAGUCAAGUUUUGUGAGUGGGCAGCAGUCAGCCCAGUGUGCUGGAUGUCUGUGACAGACCCAUGGGUCAGAAGGACCAUGUGGAGGCAGGUGCAGGCCAUAUCCUCGACCUGGGGCUGGAUUUGGAGUAUCUACACGUAGCGGGGGGUGACCGGCAGGCUGGCGGCGCUGACGGGCCCCCUGCUAUGGAGGAGCAGGGGGAGAGCACCGCUGGCUCCCCUCCACUGACCGUCCUAGAGGAAAACAGUGGGUCUGACGCAGAGGGCGAGUCAGCGUUGACCACCAGCUCCACCCUCGCUCCAGGUACCGACUCGGACGGAGGAGACGGAGGGUCGACUCACAGUAAGAACACCCACCAGCCCCUCUGCAGGACCCAGUGUGUGGACUUAGGAACCGAAGGCCCUCCUGAGCCCCCAUCUGAACUUCUAGCAGAGCUUGAAUGUGACGCCCAUGCCCAGUCCACACUCGGCUCCCCAUCUGAGCACCUGUCUGAACCUCCACCCAGUCUGUCUGCUUCAGAGCCUGGCUAUGAGGCUGGUGGGAAAGAGUACCAGGCUAAGCUCGAGUUUGCCCUCAAACUCGGCUACUCUGAGGAGACGGUGCGACUGGUGCUGUCUAAGCUCGGCCCUGACACCCUAAUCAAUGACAUACUGGGAGAGCUGGUUAAGCUGGGCACCAAGUCAGACAGUGAGCAGCCGGCUGGAUUAUUAGCCUCUACCUCAUCCUCUUCAUCUUCCUCAUCCUCCUGUGGAUGUUCUGAUUUGCUGGAAGGCCAGAGGCCAGACUCACCCUGUCAUUCAGACUCUUUGUGUGACCAGGACAACCUGCGGCCAGUCGUGAUAGAUGGCAGCAAUGUAGCCAUGAGCCAUGGCAACAAGGAAGUGUUUUCCUGUCAGGGCAUCCAGCUGGCUGUAGAUUGGUUCCUCGAGCGCGGCCAUCAAGACAUCACAGUUUUUGUGCCUGCGUGGCGGAAAGAGCAGUCCCGACCCGAUGCCCCUAUAACAGAUCAGGAGAUCUUACGUCGCCUAGAGAAGGAAAAAAUCCUGGUGUUCACGCCUUCGCGGCGUGUCCAAGGUCGACGCGUGGUCUGCUAUGACGACCGCUUCAUUGUCAAGCUGGCCUAUGAGUCAGACGGCAUUAUCGUCUCCAACGACAACUACAGAGACCUGGCUAACGAGAAGCCCGAGUGGAAGAAGUUCAUAGAUGAGCGGCUUCUCAUGUAUUCCUUUGUCAAUGAUAAAUUCAUGCCGCCAGAUGACCCUCUUGGUCGUCACGGCCCCAGCUUAGACAACUUCCUGAGAAAAAGGCCUGUCAUGCCUGAGCAGAAGAAGCAGCCUUGUCCAUACGGAAAGAAGUGUACUUACGGUCACAAAUGUAAGUACUACCACCCGGAGCGAGGCGCCCAACCACAGCGUGCCGUGGCUGAUGAGCUGCGUGCCAGUGCCAAGACUUGCGUCGUCUCAAAGAACCAGGGUGACGCCGGGCUGGUGAAGAGCCACAGCGUGCCAGCUGGCAGCAUCGACGCCAAGAAAGGCGCCCCGAAAAGGCAGUCGGACCCCAGCAUCCGAGCUCUGUCAUACAGCGACGCCGAAGAGAAGCUGCUGGCCAAAGGGAGGCUGGAGGUGCAGAAGAAUACUGUGUGUGGCAGCAGCAGUAGCAGCUCCACUAGCGGUAGCUGCGGUGGGAGUAUAAGCAUGUCCCCGGCCCCAGGAGGCCCACCAUCCACUCUUGGCCUCCCACAAGAGCAGCAAGCGAGACCAGUGAUGGCUCAUGGUCACUUACCAGCCCCCAGCCAUGACCUUUACCCUCACUGUGAGUCUCCAGACUUAAGCUACUAUUCAGUAACACGUGCUUACACUGGCCUGAGCCUCUCCUCCAGACGGAGCCCAGACUGUCGCUUCCCCAACGACACAGACCUGCGGCUGGGCUCAGCCGGCUCCGAGUGCAGCAGCGAAAGCAGCUGCGACUCGUACGGCGAGAGGCAGUGUCCCGGAUGCCCCCCGGACCCCUUACUGGAAGACGCUGUCCAUUUUCCUAAUCCCCACAGCCGACUGUACUCCCAUCAUGCCACAUCUAGCCAUGAACUUUGUGGCCUGCAUCCUGCCGAAUACACAAACAUUCAGCACAGCCACACGCCGAGCACAGGACUACACCCUUACCACCUGAGCGCCGCACGCGGGCAGAGCUGCGCUCAUGAUCCGCCUCCACUAGAGGCUCCCCCAAAGCGGCCCCUCUACCCCCUGCCCCCUCAUCUCCAGCACCAACCGCUGACCGCACGGUCCAGCUGCCCAGGCGACUACCACUCUCUGCCGCAGUCCAACCCCGCACCCCCUGGCUCACCCCUUGGCCGCUGCCUGGCCCCAACGCGAGCAGACAGUGUGUCCGACUCACACCUGUACGAACACCUCUCCACAUCGCACCAUCACCACCGACCAAAAGCCCUGCCCAGCUGGGACAAGUACUACAGGCAGCCACCGCUGCCGCCAUCCAGAUAUGAGCCGCCUACCUACCAAAGCCUGCCAGACACACGCCAGUCUUCCUGGCACACUCCUCCAUGGACACAAGACGGCUACGGCCAGCAUCACUCCUCUCACCCAGCUCUCCACCCAUCCCCAACUCAUUACCUCAGCCACCCACCGCCCCCAGCCCACUCUCCUUGCCCGCCUCAUCCAUCCAGCACCCCUCUCCCGCCGUACCCACCUCACAGCUCUCACCUUACCGUGCCGUCUCAUGCCCCUCCCUCCUACAUGUCACAGCACCCAGAAUCCCCUUCGCACAGUCGCUACGGCGAUGCGAGGGAGAAAGUGUACAUAAACCUGUGCAACAUCUUCCCCUCAGAACUGGUAAGCCGGGUUAUGGCCAGAAGCCCCCACAUCACAGACCCCCAGCAGCUGGCAGCUGCCAUCCUUGCAGAAAAAGCCCAAACAGGCUACUGAGGAGGGAAGGUAAAGACGAGCUAGUAACUGCUUCGCAUAGCAACACUGGUAAAUGGACUGAUACUUGUAGCGCGCCUUUCUACUCAAUUUAAGCACUCAAAGUGCUUUCUCACUCCCUCAGACUUCUGAUUGGUAGACGACCUGCUCUACCACCUGAAACACACUGCUGGGAUUACACUUUCAGAUUGUCUGUGAGGAGAGCCGUUUCUUUUCUUAUAUUAAUAAUCGAACAAUGCAAAAGUCUCCAGGACAUAAAAAGCUGAAGAUAAUCCAAAUCCAGGUCUGGUCACUGUGCAGCAACAACUUUUACCAGGUGUGGAAAGAGAGCGAGACACUGGACGAAGUCUGUGAUUUUGACUUAACCUGCGACAAAUGGAGAUUUGUUCUAGACCCCGUCCCCCAACUGUUGUUUUUAUUUGUACUGUAGCUUUGCAUACAGGACGUUUAUACAAGGGCACCUUUGGUUUUACACCCAAACCAUAAUCUAGUGAGUUGGUUUCACAAAAAUACAUCAAAAAUGUGAUUGAAUUUAAGAGUUAUUUAUACAUAAACACACAUUAUGUGUAUUGUACACUGAGUCAAACGGAGCCACCACAUGGACCGGGUCUUGUCCUGUGUCAGCCGUCAUCGGGUACUCAGUUAUCACUCAGUGGUUUCAAACUUCUGUUUGUCCAAGGUCUGUUCCAUGAAUUUCUGUGUGUGUUUGUGUGUGUUUGUGUGUGGGGUGUUUGUGGAUUUUUUUUCCCAUGUUGGUAAACACGGGAAGAUGGUCAUCUUAUUUGAGAUGACGUCAGUUUUUUGGUCAGAGUUGUAGCUGCAGAGAUGGGUGACCCUGUCGUGUGUACCUUAGUUUUAGUAAGGGACAUCUCUCUAGCUCUUUCUCUCUGGCCCUUUCUUUUGGGUCAACUCUGGUAUCUGCUACAGACAGAACAUCCAGCCACCGGUAAAUAAACCAUGUACAUAUUGUAAAUAUAUUUAUCAGAUCCCUCUGCUGUGCUUUUGGCUAACAGCGUGUACUGUCGUCUGUAGCAGAUCCCAGCUGAAUCCAUGCUUGACAGAGAAAAACCUUGUUUGAUACAAAUUGUAUCAUUAACUAAGUCGC